AACAGUUUAACAGUUGUAUCUAACCCACCGUCCAGUUGGAACCAGUUUUGUUGUUGUCGAAUCGAUGUGUGCGAACAAUCCUCAAAAUUUUCCAUUGCUGCAAUUGACAGCACGUAAAGUCGAGUGUAUAUUUCCGGACUGAUAACAAUCCUGCCCAGUCACACCAUCAAGCCAACGGGCACAACAGAUUAAGUGCCCGUCUGUUCAUUUGUGUGCGGUAUUGCGCACCCAGACAUCACGCGCACGGUCACGGUGUAACCGCAUGUUGUUUUCUGGAGAAGUUUGGUGAACUUAAGCCGCUGUUGCAGAGUGGCAAAGAGUAAACUGAACUGGAAACAAUAAACACAUAUUAAAAUUAAAUGAAUGAGCUCAGUCUGGGCAUCCAUCCGAGAUAUGACGUGAAAUCCUGCAAUGGACGAUACAAAGCAAAUGUGGCGUAUACAUCUAUCCGCGUAAAAAGCGACCCCAGUGUUCAACGUGAACGACGCCGUUGUUGGUACGUCGAAAAACUUGUGUUGGACCGAUAGUAUGCCAAUUGUGCGUCACAACAAGAAUAAUAUACAAGAGGCUAAUAGUGAGAUUUGAAACAAAUGAGAAAUAUGCUGUUACAGGGAGGAUAAAGGCUGAAUGGGAUUAUCGCCGUUGUAUUUUCUACCGUCUCCAUCGGUGAACGUGACAAAUGAUCGGCUCGGAUACUUUCCAAUAACUCCGCCAUACCACCAGCAGUACGAUUACGUACUCCCAUCAGCAGCAGGGACAAUGCAAUCCCACGCCAGGAAGAUUUCAACGAGUUCCUCAUCCUCGGCAACGGCGUCAGCUGCAACGUCGGCAGCGGCUUCCUCAUCCUCUGGGAUGCUGGGCUCCAUCGACAAUGGCCAGUCGCUCUAUUUUUACAUGAACGCAGCCGGGAAGGAGGAAAUUACAUCAGUGCCAUUAUCGCCACCGCACACACCGCCCCUGCUGUACACAAUGACCACGCCUGGGGACGUUGGCAGUGGCUUCCUGGCCGGAAAUGACACCAGCGCUGUAACCGAUGUGGUUGCCGAUCAAUACGGAUUACCGGCCCUGGGUGUGGAUAAUGGAGGCGACGAUGACAAUUUGGGUGGCUGCAGAAUGGUGGCUGCUGGAAAUGGUCGGUGGAGUAAUAAUCGUUACAAUGACGGUGACGGCCGUGCUAGUGACAGUAAUGAAGGGCGCUUAUUCCCAGCACGGAACUCCGUUAUCAUGAAAGUGGAGAACCAGCAAGUGGUUCCGCUGCUCGGCGAGGAGGGAUCCAGUACAAUCGACCGGUUCGUGUGCAAGUGGGAGAACUGCUAUUGCGUGUUCUUCAAGUUGGAUGACCUGGCCAGUCACGUCACGCAGAAGCACGCCGUCGUUGGACUUGGUGGACUGUACUACUGCCGAUGGGAAAACUGUCUGCGGCAGGACCGGGGCUUCAAUGCACGUUACAAGAUGCUGGUGCAUGUUCGAACCCAUACGAAGGAAAAGCCGCAUCAGUGCGGCAAGUGUGGAAAGUGCUUCUCGCGUGCAGAAAAUCUGAAAAUUCAUCUUCGCUCCCACUCCGGCGAGAAGCCAUAUGUUUGCCCGGUUGAGGGAUGCAACAAAGCCUAUUCUAACUCCUCCGACCGGUUCAAGCACACCCGAACUCAUGCGAACGACAAGCCAUACGUCUGCAAGGUCCCGGGCUGCCUCAAGCGCUACACCGAUCCAUCAUCGUUGCGGAAGCACGUGAAAACCUUCAAACACAUCAACCUGCUGGUGUCGUUGGCAUCAGCCACCGAGUCCGAUUACCAUCUCCACCGUCACCCGGCCAGCUACCCUGCGGUACGUUAUGGUACCCAGUCCGCCGGAAGCCCCGGCAAGAUGGCAAGCGAUAACUCAUAUACCGAUGACAGUCGGGCUUCCAGUAGUAGCACGGCCACCACCGCCAGCAGUCCCGAACUAGACGACAGCGAAGAUAAUAAUGUGCUAAUUGAUGUCGUCAACGUCGACAAGUGUGAUGAAAAAUUAAGCAUCACUGACUAUCACUUCUACCCGGAUCGAAAGCCCACCGGGCGUGCCGAAGAUUGGCCGUGCGGCAACCGAGGCAGAACGCCUCUGCUAGACGUAACCGAUAGCUCCCUGGAGAAACUGGAUGAGGCAAGACGCCGAGCCGGCGAAGACGACGUCGACCAAUAUCACAGAAGUUUCCUUAUUGAGCCUGAACGGGACUACCAUCGUUAUCAGCCGGGCAGUGGCUUCUCGAAAGGCUUUUUCGAGUCUGGAUCAACCACCUUGUUGCGUUGCCGGAGGGGCGACGACGAAGACUUAUUACCGACGACGAUAGAAGACGAUGAUUUGUGCAGUGCCAUACAGAGAUUGAAUAGCGCUCGGAUGGUGGGAGUGCAGUCCAUGGACGUUGAUGGACCGAUGGAUCUCAGUAUACACAAUCGGUAGCAUUCGAGAAGUAUUUUGCUCUUGGAUCAAUUAUGUUGUGUUCGUUUUGAUAUUUUUACAACCAAUUCAUACAUUACGUACUUGAAACUUCUGAUAGAUAUAAAAUUCUACUUAAUGUUUUUGAAACCCUGGAGAUUACAAUUGCAAUGCGUGUGAUGAAAGAUAUGUUUGUCUGAUUAACUAAAUAUAAGAUUAAUUAUUA